AUGCCUUGGUUUAGCACCUUACUCCGCUGCUUGGGAAUGCGCAAAGAACCAGGUGACCUGACGUCUUUCUCUGGCGAGAUGCCUCCUUUUGAGGCGAAGAAAAAGCCUACAACUGGUGUCAAUUAUAUCAAUGGGGAGAACGCCUUGACUGAAAACUGUGUGGAGACCAAGCGAAUUGACGACCUGGGAGGCUGUGGCUCUGAUCAGAAUACGAAUGACGAGGCCAUGCCGAGGCCAAGGGCAUGGCCACCUACAGUGAAUCCGACCAAAGUACUCUCGUCGAAAAUACCGAUACAGAGAACCCGGACCAUGAGCCCUCCUAUGGGUCCGAUCAAGGCACUGUCACCGAAGGAAAUAUCGAUGUAG